UCCAUUUUAGAAUAAGGCUGUAACAUAACAAAAUGUGGAAAAGGUCAAGGGGACUGAAUACUUUCCAAAUGCACUGUAUGCUAAUGAUAUUUGUUGUUAGUUACUGCACAGUGAAGGCAAUUUGCCCACCUUUAAAGCAUGUGGUUUACCUAAUCCAACGAGUAUCUAUUAUAUUGACAAGAACGUGUGACCAGUCUUACAAUGGAACUGCAUGUCCUCAAAGAUGGAAGUCAGGCGGGAGGCGAGAUCUGGUGGGACAAUUCUAGCCAAUGAUAGGUUAUAUACGAGUGUGAACAAAAGGCACAAAUCCGAUAUAGAUUCGUUUUUUUUCCUAAAUUGCCAAACUGCCACGUGCAUCCACUUAUUAGUGCAUUCGUAACAACCUAACCAUUACGACACUUCUAUCCGAUCAAAUAAGCUUCACUUAGCAAAUUAGUAAUUGUUUGUUUAACAAAUUCGACACUCAUUAACCUCCAUACAAAAAUUCCUCACUUUGAUCUUAUUUUCGCGGCGACUCUCUUGUACGUGCGCGUUCCCAAACCUGACGCUUCCUCCCUUUUAUAAAAAAAUAAAAAAAUCCUCCCCUUUCCUAUAUGUUAUCAUCCACCCACCCUCUUCUGUGAUAGAGCGAAAGCCUUGUUUACGCGCGCGCGUUCCCAACAGGCACCAGUGGGGAGCUGUCCAGCCAGCGAUUUGAAGUAGUCUUCUUGCCCGGAUACUGCUGUCUCUUGUCUGUCCAGGAAUGAGAAGUGAUGGCCGGCUCUGCAGCAGAGGAGAAAACCUUCCGAAGGUUCUUGGAGCUCUUCCUCCGAGAGAUGAGGCCACCACUUCAGGAGAACGACCCUGUCCCGAUGCGCCCUUUAUCGGACCUCACCUCGGCGGACGAAGUGGAAGGGGAAUGCCUCGAUAUGUGUCUUCAGCACCUGUGCAAAUAUAACUGCCCCUUCUCCCUGGCGGCUGCCCUGGCACGGUCUACAGCAGACAGUGUUCUGCAGAGUGACCUCUCCAUCUACCACAUCCAGAAGACUGUUGAGGAUGGAGUAGACCCUUUCCCCCAGAUUGAGUCGGUGGCAUUUGCCAGGCUCAUUUUCAACAAACUGUGUGAAACAUGCUGCCUGUGGCUGAAAGACUUCCCUUACCGCCGCCGCCCUCAGCCCUACUACGAGACUUCCAUCCACGCCAUCAAAAACAUGCGCCGCAAGAUGGAGGACAAACAUAUCGUCAUCCCCGACUUCAACACUCUCUUCAACAUACAGGACCAGGAGGAGCAGGCCUUCUUCGCCGUGUUCGAUGGCCACGGGGGCGUGGACGCUGCCAUCUAUGCCGCCAACCACCUCCACGUCAACAUGGUGCACCAGGAGUGCUUCAGCCAGGAUCCAGGGGAGGCCCUUUGUCGCGCCUUCAGAGUCACCGACGAACGCUUCAUCCGGAAAGCUAAGAUGGAGAACCUGCGCUGCGGCACCACGGGGGUGGUGACCUUCCUGAGGGGGCGGACCCUGUACGUGGCCUGGCUGGGGGACUCUCAGGUCAUGCUGGUCAAGAAGGGCCAGGCCGUGGAACUGAUGAAGCCUCAUAAGCCUGAUAGAGAGGAUGAGAAGCAGCGUAUUGAAGCUCUGGGAGGUUGUGUCAUCUGGUUCGGCACAUGGAGGGUUAAUGGCAGCCUGUCCGUAUCCAGAGCCAUUGGCGACAAUGAGCACAAGCCCUACAUCUCUGGCGAUGCCGACCACCACAUAGUCACAUUGGACGGCACAGAGGACUACCUGAUCUUGGCCUGCGACGGCUUCUAUGACACAGUCAGUCCUGAUGAGGCGGUGCGUGUGGUCAGCGACCACCUGACGGAGAACAGUGGUGACAGCACCAUGGUGGCCCACAAGCUGGUGGCCUCGGCCCGCGAUGCUGGCUCCAGCGACAACAUCUCCGUCAUUGUGGUCUUCCUUAGAGACCUCCGCGCGCCCCCCCCGGGAGAGGAGGAGGGGGCAGGAGAGGAAAUAGAGGAUGAGGAGGUGGAGGAGGAAGGGCAAGGGGAGAUGGCAUGCCAGGACGGGGGCACCGCGGACGUUGGGGGGAAGAGUCACUGUUUCCUGCAGCAGUGCUCGGCUCCAGCCGACCUGGGCUAUGAAGACCGCAUGGACUCAUUGACGGACAGAACCAGCCUAGGCUUGCUGGGGCCCACGCUGGGAGAGGAGGGUCCGAUCAGGCUCCCCCUUGCCAGCUCACACCCGUCCCCGUCCUUAGGCCUCACCCAGAACCUCAUGCCUGCCGAGGGCCGUGGCGCGGCCUGGUUGCCCUGUCUAGAAGAGGGGCUAAAGGGCUCCAGGCACAAGCCCCGGCCUAAACUCAGAGUCCCCACCUGCCAAGAUCCCAGCUCAGAUGGACAAUGGCCCCUGGCGGCCGCCCUGUUUGGCUACGCGGGGAGGCACACCCGGAGGAUGGAGUGCGUGAGCCCCAGAUGGGGGUGGUGGUCCCGGGAUUGGGGCCGAGCGCCCAGGGAGCUCCCCGGCCUGCUGCACUCCACCCGUAGUGUGCCCUACCCCCAGCGCUGCCCUGAGAGAAGGCCUGGGGUGGCCCUCCCCCACCUACCCAACGGCAGCAGAGUCUGAUGAUGUGACAUAAUCUCCACUAGCUCCUCUCUCUCCUGCCCCUUCCUUUAUCUGACUACAGUCAUUCAUUCAUCCAUCCAUCAUAAACUCCCCAUCCAGGACACUGGCACCACCCCGUCCAUCCGUCCGUUCAUCUCUACAAGCACCUACCCCUCCCCAUAGCCACACAGCCCCAUUCAGGAGGCUGGACAUAACAAUUUACUGCUCCUGGCCCAUAUUGCAAACACAUACUGUACUGUACUCAGAUUCAUAAUGGAAUACACAUUAUCCACUCACUCCAUCUCCAUAAAUGGGAGUAGUUAAUACAGGAUUAUAAGAUUAGUGGUCACUUACCUGAAUAAAUCCAACAUGUAUAGACCGAUAUGUAUUCCAGAUGGGGUUACAAUAGAGGAUAAUGGCAUCUAAAAGGGGAUAUUAUUAAGAAAUUAUAUUCUAUUUAUAAUGUUGGGGAUGACAUCAUGCAAGAGCAGACAUUAAUCAGUCCCUGCUAUGCCUGUCAAAUUGAUGGUUACAUAACACUAAACACAAGAUGUGUUCUCAUUGACGAGAAGUCUUUCCCAACAGGUUGGGUGUGAGUAAGUUCCCUGUCAGGCAUUGCAAGACUUACUGGGCCAGAAUAGUUAAGACAAAGCAGCAGAACAUAUGCCUUCAAUAUCUGUCACUUAAGAUCAUUUCCUGAAAAAGAAAAAUGGAUGGGAAUUUUGAGCCUCAGUCGACAAAGUCCCUUCUAAGCUUCCCAUUACAAUGCGGACCCAUGUGUGUCAUAUCACUUACAUGGGCUACUUAACCAAUCACUAUACUGCUUUAAAAUUUCACUAACAACAAUAGAGCAUAAGCAUGAUCAAUGUCAAAGUCUUCAUCUCUGGUUUGACAAAUAUAUAAAUUAAUCUUAAUCUCAUUAUCCUUUCAAAUGUAAAUGGUAUUUUUUCAGAAACUCCGUAGUUUCAGCAGGUAGCCUAGUGGUUAGAGCAUUGGACUAGUAACCAGAAGUGUUGCUAGAAUGAAUCCCUGAGCUGACAAGGUAAACAUCUGUUCUGCCCCUGAACAAGGCAGUUAACCAACUGUUCCCAGGCCGUCAUUGUAAAUAAUAAUGUGUUCUUAACUGACUUGCCUAGUUAAAUAAAAGUUUAUAAAAAUAAAAUAGUAAAUGCUAUCUAGCAAUGACUAGGUUCUAUAAAAUGUGCCUCCACUCUCCUGGCCCAGGCAACCACCAUUCAAUAUUUAUCAAAGAAGGUUAAUUCUCGCUGUUGGAAAAACCCAUCUUUAUACCCUUAAGAAAACAGGAAUUGUUUGUGCCAUUCCUGACAUUUUCAACUUUUACUAAACACAUUGUGCCAUUUCCAUACUUUUGUUUAAAAACCUCACCCGCUCCCGCUCCAGUUUCAUUGAGUUGCUGGCCUACCCACUGAAAAGCAUGGUGGUCAUUUACAGAAGACCAUUUGGACAGUCACCAUUAAGCAUCUCCAGAGAGCAGAAUGUAUUCCAGUUGUAGAAUGUACAUGGAGCCCUCCCGGGACCUUCAUAGAUGGCCCAAUAGGACUGAGACAGUAGUGGUGUUCUGGACUUGUAGCGACGCUCCCUGUGUGGAUAUAAGAAAAUCAUUUCUGGAUGCAGUACACCUGGAAGACAAUAUUCUGGAGGUGUUUUGCUGAUCGUGGGAGAGGAAAUAAUCUAUAAUUGAUCAGCUUACCACCGUAUCCUCACAAAGCUGAGCAUUCUAUCCUGGUGUUCCACUCUGAAGGAGCACGAUGUGAAUAAGCGCACUGCCUUUCGGGUUAAAAGAUGCCCAUGCUUCUGCAUCUUUCUCUUUGUGUAACCAACACCUGCAUUUCGACUCUCGGAACAGCAGACCACACUAAUUGCCAUUUUCUGACCAAUUAUGAAAGACAACAAUAAAGUUGAAUAUAUAAAGGUAGUUAUCAAAUGCCCUGAGUCUCCCCUACCUCAGCCCCACCCCCAGCCCCACUCACAUCACCUGCUUUUUUGGAGCUUUCUGCUUCUUUUUGAGAGCAAAAAAAGGUGCACAUCUUUCCCAUCCUAAACAUUCCUCACACGGGGCACCAAUUGCUUAUUGAAAUAGUAGUACAUUCAUAUUAUGUACAUGUAAGUAUGAAUGUGUUCAGGCGUGUGGGUACGUGUUGAGAGUAUGCAUGUGGUCUGUCUUAUACGUCUGCUAUAUAAAAUCACCAAUAUUCUGUGUUGAUAUCAAGCUUCACAGCCCCCAGCAAUGUACUGUACUGUUCAUGUGACACCUUUGGAAGGAGAGUCGUAUAUACGUUAGCAGUGCUUGAGUGACAAGGGAACAUGGGAAUUUAAAUGCUCCUCAAGGACCAUCCACUGAAAUGUCAAAAUGGUCACCCCCUCACAGUCUUUGAUAGCUUCAGUCGUUUGUAAGACGCUGAACCUUAACCAAGCCAUACACAGAAAAUCAAACUCUAUAGUUCUUCAGCUAAACUUGCUGGCUCGCUUAACCCACAGUUCUUCUCUUUCUCACCCACUGCUGCGGUACAAAGGACCCCCCCCCAUGCCAGUAUGACACUUUCCCUGAUGAUAGUAAAAGACCACACAGUUCAGGUCUCUUCCGCUCUCUCCCCUUCCCUUUCCUAUGUCACUCAAUUGCUCUCAUGACUCUGCACUGUGUCAACAAAAUGCUUUGUUCCUAUAAGCAAUAAUGAAUCUUUAUGAGUCGCGCGUGGAAAGGCUCAGAGGGUUUGUCUUCACUGAGAAAGGCAGAGCUAGAGCCAGAUCAAACUAACAGCCACCCUCCUAAACUCUAACCAGUGCUCACAUUGACAUGAGCACACACCACUUUACUUCUGCUCAAUGGUAGUAUGGGACACAAUCUAUGAUGUCUCUUGGACAGUUGUCGCUGUACACUAAUAUGUUUGGUGGCUAAAUUGAAUUAGUCCCAAUGAGAAACACAACAAAGGGCUCUAUUCAAUCUGUAUAACUGAAAUGUUACAGAUCGCACAAUAGAAAUGUAAAGGUAAUUUCCGAUUGAGCCGAAACAAAUGCAUUGUUUACUGUGAAUGCAGUUUCCACUAACAUGGGAACAUUGUCUUUAAAUUUCAAUAACGCUGUAACGCAAUACCUCUGUGAUAUGGAUUGAAUCCAGCCCAGUGUCUCUAAGCUUGGCCAUCCUCCUCUCACAGGGCAGUUCAAACUCUGUACACCAGGCAUCCCUGAAGACAAACCCAUGACCAGCUGUUCCCCAACCUGCAGGUUAGGUAAACCAGUAAAAAGUUUCAGUAUCUGUAUUUUCUGUGUUCUUCUCGUAAUAUAAACACGUGUGUGUAUCUGAACUGGUGACUAGUAUAAUGUAUAAAGAUUGAACCAAG